AUGGCGAAUUGCUGCUGCCCUUGCUUCAAGUGCUUGUUCUGCUUCUUCAACGUCCUUUUGUUUCUUGUGGGCGCUACAAUGUUCAGUUUAGGCCUCUGGGUUUUGAUCACCAAGAGCGCCUACAUUUCCCUCCUGCAGUCUGCGUUCGACUCUUUCCAAAGCCUGCUGUACAUUUUCAUCGCCGUUGGCGCUUUCACCAUGUUUCUCGGCUUAUGGGGCACCUUGGGACUCUUCUUUGGCGUGCGAUUCGUUUUGAUCGUCUACAUUCCCCUCCUGAUCCUCAUUGUCGCCUUCCACUUUUUCCCCAGCUUAUUCAUGAACUUCCAACAGAAGAAGAUUGAAGACAAGCUCACCAAGAACAUCCUCGGCUUCAUUGAGAACUAUAACCCAAUGGACAGGGCCAACCAGCACAAAGCGAUAGCCUGGGAUUAUGUUCAGGUCCAACUGUCUUGUUGUGGCUGGACCGGGCCAGAAAAUUGGAAAAACAACACAUUUUUCCAGGAUCAAGAGGGAAUCUACCCGUGUUCUUGUAGCAGCCACCCAGCCAGUUUCCAGCCGGCUCUGGGCGUCUGCAGGUUGAGCGCCGUUUCCCAAAAAUCGGUGGUGGAUGAUUGGCCCGUGGCAAAACAGGGAUGCGGCACGCUUGUGCAAAAGCGGUUCAAGAGAGUCGCGAACACCGUUUUCGUCGUCUCCUUUGUCGUCGUCUUCUCUGAGAUUCUGGGAAUCGGCCUUUCGUUUUACAUUUGCGCAGGCCGAAACGUGUACGCUGAAGGUCACAGCUGA